GAAAAAAGAGAGACCAAACGCAGGAGCAAGGACAAAGAAUAUCGAACCAUAACGCAAAGCUGAGUUGGAUCUGAUGUUGUGCAGCACUUUUGCCCCCAGAACUCGUAGGGCUUCCUGGGGGUUCACUAAGCCCCUUCCCGCCUACACACUCACACACAUGCCCACAUUCAGGAUCCAUCGAACAAGACCUAGAACUAGUAGCAUGUAUUUUUGAUGUGCUGCCAGUCAUCUACUUUAUCUUAGACCUAGAUGGUAGUGACAGACCUUGGGCAAACAAGGCUUGAACGAUGCAUGUCGCCGCCCCAGCUGAGGAGCAUGAUGUGUUUUGUGAAAAAGCUGUGGCCCUAAUCGUUGACCUCUGCCUGGACGACAGCCCUCUGCUGGACACGGACACAUGUCAGGACUUCCUGGUGUUGCUGACCAACCACAGCCAUGACAUCUCCAGCUCAGACAUUUCUUUCAGUGUCUUGCUGCUGGUGUUUGUGCUGUGUGGCCUGGCCCUGCUGGGUGUCAUCAGCCUUGCCACCUGGAAACUGUGUUGGGUGCCCUGGCGCAGCGAAGCCCUCUCGUCCAGCGCCACUGCCCUCAACCCCUCCCGCCUGGACAGAGAGCGUAUCAGAAAAGUUGACCAAGACUAUUACUCAACCCAAGGACACAUCAUGGCAGACGACAAGCUGAAGGGUCCUGGAAACUUCCUCGAGGCAGCAGUGAAGAUCAGUCACACGUCUCCAGAUAUCCCUGCAGAUGUGCAGCUGUCCAUGAAAGACCACCUGCUAAGACGCACACGCAUUGCCAGGCAGACCACCGAGCCAGCCUCCUCCAACAGGCAUAGUUCCUUCAAGAAGCACCUACCCAGACAGAUGCACCAUGUUACAAGUGUGGACCGUGGCAGCGAUUUUUUGGAUGUGGAAGACCACUCCACCUGCACGGCGGCCUCUCUUGGCCGAAUACAGCCUGAACUUUACAAACAAAGCCUGCAGGAGACUGAGGAAUCAUCCAAGAACGGAGCAGCAAAAACCUGUGGCAAAAUCAACUUCUCACUAAAGUACGAUUAUGAAGGUGAACUUCUGCUCGUCACCAUUCUCAAAGCCAUGGACCUGCCAGCCAAGGACUUAUGCGGUAGUUCGGACCCCUAUGUCAAGAUUUACCUGCUGCCAGACCGCAAAUGCAAGUUCCAGACCCGUGUGCACCGCAAGACCCUCAACCCCAUAUUUGAUGAAACAUUCCAGUUCCCUGUGCCCUACGAGCAGCUGACAGGCAGGAAGCUUCACCUGAGUGUCUUUGACUUUGACCGCUUCUCACGUCAUGACAUGAUUGGUGAGGUGAUACUGGAAAACCUCUUUGAAAUGUCUGACCUCUCACGGGAGACUUCCAUCUGGAGAGACAUUCAGUAUGCCACUAGCGAAAGCGUUGACCUGGGGGAGAUAAUGUUCUCCCUUUGCUAUCUGCCCACUGCAGGACGACUUACUCUUACAGUCAUUAGGUGCAGAAAUCUCAAAGCCAUGGACAUAACUGGUUACUCAGAUCCAUAUGUGAAAGUGUCACUGAUUUGUGAUGGGAAGCGACUUAAAAAGAAGAAAACUACAAUAAAGAAGAACACCUUGAACCCCACUUACAAUGAAGCCAUAAUCUUUGACAUUCCUCCAGAAAACAUGGAGCAAGUCAGCUUACAUAUAUCAGUUAUGGACUAUGAUUUAGUGGGACACAAUGAGGUCAUAGGUGUGAACCGAGUGGGCAGCCAUGCUGAGGGGCUUGGCAGGGACCACUGGAAUGAGAUGCUGGCUUACCCUCGGAAACCCAUUGCUCACUGGCAUCCACUCCUUGAGCAUAAGAAAUCUGAGAAAGAGUGGAAGACCCGAACCGCAAGCUUUGACAGUCAGGGGUCCUGUCCGUCUCCUCGACUCCCCUCCAGUCCGUAGGGCAGGGGCCUGAAGCACAUGCCUCUCUCUAAGGCUUCUCAAAAGCCAAGGAUCUACCAGGGAGCUGUGGUAAGAUUCACACAUCCUGAGAUGACCUGUGGUACGUCUGUCUGUGGACAUGGCUUAUAGCUCAGAAAGAAAGAAGACAGAGUCAAAGCUUUUCAUGUAUAUUGAGCCUAGCCAAGCUUCUGGUGGAUAAUCAGGUUUAUGUUUUUUUGUUUCAGCAGAGGUUUAAUUUUCCCUCACUGGCUGAAUUCAUGAGCCAGUCCAGAGUGUUAUGUUACUGAAUUGCCAUGUAUGGAUUUAAUUGCUCCAAAGUAGGCAAUUAAUAAAUGUAUAGUGUAUUUUAUGCUUGAAAUGUUAAUGUAAAGAUAUAGUUCAUUAAAUAUUAAACCAGUGUUUCCUUUUGUUUGUUUUAGUGAAAUUUAUGGGUUUUUUGUUUGUAGCAUUUGUAAACUGGUUUUAGACAGAGGAAGUGCAUAACAAAUGCACUGUGAGACGCACAUCUGGGUUUGUGUGAAUUAAUUCAGGAGAACUGCUGUGUGACAUCAGAACAGAGGUACUCCUUCAGUUGAUGAUGCGAUCCUGUUUGCCACCCAGCACGGUUUAAGCUUCAAGCCAAGAGACAAGUCUACAUUGCUUAAAUAGUUUCUGGUUGGCUGUUUACAAAUAAUCUUUUAAUUAUAUUUAUAUUUAUUUGAAGCCUUUCAGAAUUAUUUAGGCUUUUGUGAAAUUUUGUUGAAAUCUCAAACAUUAGAAUAUUGGAGAUAUUUUGAUACAAGAAGCUAUUAAAGGUUAUGUGAUUAUCCAUGGAAACAAAAUCUUUUUCAUUCUUGCAUUUAUCUUCAGUAUUUUUCCUAAUUCCUAUGUUUUUCUAUGUUUCCCCAGUUCCAGUAGUUUAGAUUAGAGUACAUUCUCAGAAGUGUUAUAUAAACAUAAGGUUGGACCUAUUCUGUAUUUCUCAUGUGGUUAAAUAGGUAGCAGAAAACAUGGCAAAGCGAUGGCAUCCUCAAAUUGUUCAGUACACAGAAUGGCUGCUAGUUAUUUUUUGCUGUUUUUUUAUUAUACUAGAACUGUUUUACUGGGUAAGUUUGCGAAUUUUUACAUUUUCCAGUGUACAUGCUGUUUAGCUGGAAAAAAAACAACCCCAAACUUUCUUAUCAUUGCCAUUUUUAUGUGACUGGCUGAGUAUGUCUUGAACUCUCUUCCUAUAUAAUGAAGAUCAUAUACUCUGAAGGCAGCCUUGGCUGAUGUUAAAGCAUAUCAUUACCUAGAUCUGAGUGAUUGUAUCUGGGACACUUAAUAUCUUAUCCUCAUUUCACUCUUCAUAAUGUGAAACUGGCACUGUCGAAGACAAUUAUAAUUUCACUAACCAGUAAUCAGAGGCUGCCUUUUAGCUUCCAGAUUAUUCUACUGUGAGCCAUAAAGACAAGUAAGGGCUCUGACAAAACAUUUGCUAGCUUCACUCUUCACAUCCCUAAAGCCACAAUCAGGAGCUGCAAUAAUCAGGACCUCGGCUCUGAUUUUAUGACAAGGGUGCACGGCCAACAUGCAUGUUGCAUUUUUUAGUGACGGCAGUCUUGCUGCAUUAUUCCUGUUUUAUGUGUCUUUUGUGUGUUAGCACAAAAAAAUUAGCCUGUCUACUGCAGAAAUUCCUGACUGGGCUCUUAAAGUCUAUUCAUUUUUUCUUUUAAUAUCAAUUCACAUUUGAGCAAACUGUGUCCAUUGUAGUGUAUUUUUCUUGUUACCUAAAUUGUUCAUAAGAUAAUGUAUUUUGUUAGUUUGUUAGUUGCUUUGGCAGAAACCCCUUGCUAUAGUAAUCAUAUUGAUCAGCGUUUCUGAAUCAAAGACCUAAUGUACUUCCAUUUUUCAGGUGGUAACAAGUACCUUUUCACUUUUAUAUUGAGAAUUUGUAUUUGUAAUGUAAAAUUAUUAAGUUAUUUGUUUCAGAGCACCCCUUGUAUUUCAUUAGUUAUUAAAGUUGUUGAUUCUAA